AGGAGGGCAUGCGGGCGGCCCUCACGGCUGGUCUGGUGCACAGCGGCAGCGCGGAUCUGGAUGCCGCGUUCGUAAUCGGGGACGAGGAGGAGGAAGCAGGAAUGAUGUACGACAGCAAUGUACGACAGCAGCAGCAGCAGCCGGGAUGUACGACAACAACGUCAGGCGGCGGUAAAACUGGCGGAGGCCGUAACAGCCGAAGCGGGAGUAGCAGCGGUAGAGCGGUUCCGGAGCAUCGUCACCAGUAUCAGGCGCAUGCGGAGGCAGCUGCUGCUGCUGCCCCCCACCCCUGGCGUGCUGCAUGUCGUCGAGUGGCGGUUCGCGGUCUGGAGAUGUUUUGGAUGCAGCUGCGGGCGCUGCUGGUGCUGGGCAUGUUUGGGCUGGAGUGCUACUGGGCGUACAGCCUCAUACUGUACCGGGGGGGCUGGCAGCUCCUGGUGCUCAUCCCCAACUACCUGGAGCACACGCUGGGCGGUAUCGCCAUGCUGCGCGCCUUCAUGGCGGGCACGCACGGGCGCUGGAAGUACGUGGCGGCGGUGCCGGGGCUGCCCUUCACCAUGGCCUCCAUCUACCUCAUCUACGGCUUCCUCGCCUACCCGCUGGGCUGGGCGGACCUGGGGCCGGUGUCGUGGGACAAGUUCCUGGACCUGAUGGACUCGUGCGGUGUGCUGAGCAGCACCUGCUGGGCCAUCUUCUCCAGCCUGGCCUACUGGCGGGGCAACAGCGUGGCCACAUCCUACCAGUACUUCAACACGGACAUCUUUGUGGGUAUGAUGCUGAUGUGUUUCACCGACCUGCUCUCCACCGCCCACCACCUGGCUAGCUCGCUGCAGAUUCCCUUCAAGCAGUGGCUGCGGAAGGAGCUGGAUGUGCGCAGGGAGCCGGCGGGGCCGCAGAAGCCGCUGCGGCUGGUGGGGGAUGGAGACCUGUGAGGGGGGUGGGGGUGCCGGGGGCGAGGGAGGUGGGGGGGGAGGCGAUUCCCAGGGCAACCGAAGAAUUUUACUUGAAGCAUGGACGGACGGACGACGCAAGGGGGAUGUGAUUGGCGGGUAUUUAGGGGGCAAACAAGCCAACAUGCGAACCGAGUGUUGCUUGGCUGGGGUGCUGGGAGUGAUGUGCCUAGAGAGGGAAAGGCGUGCGUGCUGUGCUGGGUGCUGCAUGAUGUCAUCUUGCUGUACCCCCGAGCUGCAUCUGCCGUGAGUGGGUACGUGCGUUGGCCGUACGCACCUCUUCUUCCUUUGGCAAAGCGGUACAGGCUCUGUCUACCACACGGUAUCGUACACGUCACGGGAUCCUACUGAUGUAGGCUGCAUGUCUGUGCGUACGUAGGCUGGGAUGUGCAUAGGAGUGGAUGCGCUGGAGGUGGUGGCGGAUGGGUGGCGGUAACGUCGUGUGUGUCAGGGCGGCAGCAGUGGCGGCCCUUGUCAGUCGCAGUUACGGAGGAUGGCGGCGUAAGGGACGUGGGGCCGGAGGGGUGUUGCCACGCGACGCUUCCCCACCCCCGUUACCUUUGAGUGUACUAUGUUUUGGGUGUAUUGUGUUUUGAGUACCGUAAUAAAGCCACUUCUUGAAAACAUAAAGGGCACGGUAUUGGGUGCUAAUAAGGGCUAGAAGGGGCGUCUGAGAAGGGGCACAAAGAGACAGCUGCAGAGCUGGGUUGCACUGCUGCAACUGGAGUGUGGUGGGUCCCCGGGUGGCGGCUUCCCCCUGUGUUGCCCGCAGUUGUGUGUGUCAAGCAGCGAGGUGCCUGGGUUCUAUGCGUGCCUUAAUGGAAAGGGGGCACGAGGGUUAGGGAUUUCAUUUUGAAAGCGACUCUUGUGUGUUCGGGGUAUGCCGAUCUAGCCAAUUUAUUGAUUUCCAUGUCAGUGCCGCUUAAGUGGAAAUGGCUAGCCGGUCCUCAUUAAUUUCCAAGGACAGUUGCAUAUUACAGUCUGUUGUACAUAUUACAGUUACGUAUUGCAGUCUGAUGUACCACUUGUAUCGUGUGUGUUUAUGGUGUUUUGGGGAGCAAUCAAAGAGUCUUCCACGUUUGUUUUGGUUUAUUGAACCGACCG